UGCAAGGCACUUAUUGCACAGGCAACUGCUCCCAGCCUUGUGCAGGCUCCUUAGAACAUUCCUGCUCUUUUGGGGAGUUUCAUCCCAUUAUCCAGUGGAGUUGGAAAAUCCUGAGUGUUCUGAAUCUCCUCAGGGAAGAACACAGCAAAGCAGCAUAAUUAGCAAGGAUGACCAAGCUGCAAAACUUCACUUGGGCAGUGGAAGAUAUUUUCAAGGAAACCUUCCUCAAUUACAUGAACAGCUGGAGGAGGAACAUGACGGAAGCAGCGAAUAAACUGCAGGCUGAGGUGGCUGCUGAAAACUUUGACUACGUCAUCCUGUACCUGAUGGUGAUGAUUGGGAUGUUCUCCUUCAUCAUCGUGGCCAUCCUGGUGAGCACUGUGAAAUCCAAGAGGAGGGAGCACUCCAAUGAUCCCUAUCACCAGUACAUCGUGGAGGACUGGGGGGAGAAGUACAAAAGUCAGGUUCUGAACCCAGAAGAUCUCAAGUGUGUGAUCCAUGAGAACCUGGGGGCAAGGGAGAAAACAAGCCCGGAGUCACCCUGACUUUCUGGGAACAGCAGCAGUGAGGGAUUCACGGAGUCACACAGAGGGAACUCGCUGGAAGUGCAAAGAGCUGUGCAAGUGUUGAUUAAAUUUACACACAGGUCAAUGGAUAAUGGAGUCCUCAGGAAAUCAAUGUGAUGGUUCUCGUGAGGAUCUUGGGAAAGUCCAGGAAAAAUCUGUGAUUGUGCUUCCCUUUGAGAAAAUAAAGCCGAGACAAGGAUAACUUGA